GAGACUGGGGGGCUGAAGAAAGCUUCCUUCCCCUUGCGGGUAUUAUGAUGGAGUGAAAGGAGAAGGGUGCAGUCUCUAAAAGAAGAUGGAGAACAAGAAGUUUGGAAGGUGGAGGCAGAGAGAGAGGAGGUGCUGGCUUUUAUUUAUUAAAGAGCAUCUAGCCCUCCCAUGGAAGGCUUAAUGACCCCUGAGUCAGCAUUGGUUUCUUCCAUUGUUCAGGCAAAGAAAUCAAGGUUCAGCCAGCUAUAGAACCUGCCUAAAGUCCCACCACUAAACUGAGGAGAGAUGUGGAAAGGCUUGUAUGUCUCCCAAGAUGUAUGGGCUGCCCACACUCACUGGCUAUCAGACUGUGAAAUGUUACCACAGGUCCCAUGGGAGUUUCAGGACAGAAAGGGGACAUCCCUUGCCUAUGCUAGGGCUGAGUCUAUUGGAUCCCUAAUGGGGGUGUGGCUAGAUGGGAUGACUCCAUUAAUGUGGCCUAGAAGACACGUCUUUCAGGGACAGAGACAGUCACCAGCUGACCUCAUGGAGGCUUCACUUGAGGUUUUAGGACUGGAGGAAGGUGUCUUGGCUGUGGUUGGAGCUGUCAGGCUGCUGUCAGGCAUGCAUCCCACUUCUGAACAAUCAGAACUCUGUUUGUUCCUCUGUUUGUGGACCUGAUGUUCUAGGCCAAAGGGAAGUAGGGCAGGGAGAAUGAAAAUUCCUCUGAGAGUCCUUAUAGAUUUCCUUUUGUUUGGGGAAAGUCACUCAGUCCCAGCUGAGCCCACACACAAUGUGUGGCUCUAUUCCUGACUCUAAACAAUGAAAACCUGAGAAGCUGCUUCCUCUGGGACCCUUUGGCCUUGCCUCCUUGCAGCUCCAUGAAUCCAAGCACGGCCAGGAACACCACUAGCAGUGAUACCUGGUAAAAUUAGAAACAGCUCUCACAUCCGGCUAUGGUUUAAAAGAAGCUAAGCACUGGGAUUAAUAAGAACUAUUAUAAAAAGUAAUUAUAAAAAAUAAUUGAGGCAGCAACAGACCUCAGGCCUGCUGGGCUGUGUUCCAGCUCCUCUGCAUCCAUUCCAGCAUCUCUUUGUUCCUCUCCAGGUGGCCCCACUGCCAAGAAGAAAUGGUGGAUUUCCCAGUCUUGCCAGACUUCUCCCAGCAAGUAUCUCUGUCCAACAAUCUCUUCUUAUUCACACAUCUCCUUCUUCUUCUUUGGCCUGGAGAGAUGAACUCAGAGGAGGUCAGUGUGGUAGGCCCUGGGGAAUCCAUCCUGGCACUUGUGGGGGAAGAAGUGGAGUUCUCAUGCCACUUGUCACCAUACCUGGAUGCUGAGGAUAUGGAGAUCCGCUGGUUCCGGAGUCGGACCUCUGAAGUGGUCCACCUGUACCAGGGGCGGCAGGAGCUCUACAGCCAGCAGAUGGUGCAGUUCCAGAACAGGACCAAACUCCUCAAAGAUGAUAUCAUGGAUGGUAGUGUGAACCUGCAACUCCUUGGCAUCAUUCCUGCUGAUGAGGGCCUGUAUGGGUGCCGUUUCCUCUCCAGCAACUUCUCCAGGGAAGCAGUCUGGGAGCUGGAGGUAGCAGGGAUGGGCUCAGACCCUCACAUCUCCCUUGAGGGCUUCAAGGAGGGAGGCAUUCAGCUGAAGUGCAGUUCCAGUGGCUGGUACCCCAAGCCCCAGGCUCAGUGGAAAGAUCAUAAAGGACAGUGCCUGCCUCCAAAGAUGGAAGCCAUAGUCCAGGAUGCCCAGGGCCUGUUCAAUCUGGAAACAUCUGUGAUUGUUCAAGGGGGUGCCCACAGUAAUGUGUCCUGCUCCAUCCAGAACUCUCUCCUGAUACAGAAGAAAGAGUUCACCAUCCAGAUAGCAGAUGCAUUUUUACCCGGAACCUCACCCUGGAAGAGAGCUUUCCUUGGGUCUCUGGUGGGACUGCCAUUCCUCCUGGCUUUUCUCUUGACGCUGGCGCUGUACUUCUUUCAGAAGCAACGUAGGUCCCAAGAAAAGUUGAAGGAGCAGGCUGAGAAGGACAAAGGGAGACUCACAGAAGAGCUGGGGAAGCUUCAGACAGAGCUUGACUGGAGAAGGGCUGAAGGCCAGGCUGAAUGGAGGGCAGCCCAACAGUAUGCAGUGCAUGUAACCCUUGAUCCGGCCUCGGCGCACCGCAGCCUGGAGGUCUCCGAGGAUGGCAAGAGCGUGUCCUCUUGCGCAGCAGUGUCCGGCUCUGUGGCGGCGGACCAGCAGCGGUUCUCUGAGCAGACGUGCGUGCUGAGCUGUGAGCGCUUCUCAGCUGGCCGACACUACUGGGAAGUGUAUGUGGGACGGCGCAGCCGCUGGUUCCUGGGUGUGUGUCUGGCUGCAGUUCCCCGCUUGGGGCCAGUGCGCCUAAGCCCGGCCAGCGGUUACUGGGUGAUGGGGCUGUGGAACCACUGUGAGUACUUCGUCCUGGACCCACACCGCAUCCCGCUCACCCUGCGCGUGCCGCCCCGGCGUGUGGGCAUCUUCCUGGACUGGGAGGCAGGAAAAUUGUCCUUCUUCAACGUGUCCGACGGCUCCCACAUCUUCACCUUUACCGACACCUUCUCAGGCACGCUCUGUGCGUAUUUCAGGCCCAGAGCUCACGACGGUGGUGAACACCCGGAUCCCCUAACCAUCUGUCCAUUGCCUAUUAGGGGGACACAAGACCUGGAAGAGGAUGACCGUGACACCUGGUUACAGCCCUAUGAGCCCACAGAUCCCACCCUGGGCCUAUAGUGAGGCACUCUUUUGCCUGCGGGUCUGGGUCUUUGGCGGCUUCCUGGAUACUUUAUGCUCUCCCGCUUCUACGGAGGAAGCAUCACAAAAAUGUCAGCAAAGGCUAAAGAGCACAGCAGAAAGGGAACAAAAAGAGGAACCUUUGCUUAUAUGUGUGUGUAUACACAUAUAUACAUAUAAAUACACACACACACACACACACACACACGAUUUUCUUUAAGAAAAAGAGGCAAUUCCAAAGCUUGUUUGUGUGGAUGGUAAGAAAAAGCAAAUGAAUAACAAUAAAUUCAUGCUGUCAUUAGCCAUAGUAUGCACUGUGGAAGACCAGAAAGAAACUGGAAUGGAGGAAAGUUGGAGGGAAAUCUUACUGGACUGGAUAAGAAGUAUCGGUUAGCUUGUAUAUUUCUUAUACUUUUUGUAUAUGUUUUCUAGUUCUAAAAUGUCUAGAAGCAAUGACACUUCAUAAGCAAUGAGUUCACUUAGGGCUUAGAUCCCAGUGUUAAAUGGCACUUCUCACUGAAAUGAACUUGGAGAAAUGGCUGAUUCCAGGGUUGGAGCAGAGAAAGUACAGGUGAAUCUGGAACACUGUGUAUUCAAAUGUGCUCAGAAACUGAUGGGGACGUAGGAACUAGGAUGAAGAGGCUCCACUAGCCAGUUAUGAGACAGCUUGAACAUUAUAAUGAAUAAUGACAAGAAUUGAUCAACAAGGAAUUGAGCAAAUAAGAAAAUUCCCUAAGUGUGCCGAGAGGUUUCUCAGUCAGAAAAUAAAUACAAAAAUGCAGAAAAAGGAAAGAAGAAAAUGAAAGGUAACUCUAUGAACUCACGUUUUUUUUUUAUAUGUACAGAUAUGUGGAGCACACACACAUGUGAUAGGUAUAGGUAGAUAGGUAUGUAGGUAGGUAGAUAGAUGUGUGUCUG